AUGUCCUUCAAUUAUGUUUCCUACGCUUACAAGCCUACCACAAUUGGUUGUUCGGCUUCCGGAAACUUUACAUCACCAAGUGAUAUCAAUUUAAUCAUGUGUAAAAAUCAAUAUCUUCAAGUAAAUAGAUUGAGCGAAGAAGGUGUUUCUUCCGUGGUUGAAUUUGAAGCACCUGGAAGAAUUGAUACCAUGUCUUUAUUCAGACCAUCAGGAGAAAAACAAGAUUUACUUUUUAUUACAAUUGAAGAUACAUUCUUUACACUUGGAUUUAUUGAUGGGAAAAUAGAAACACUUUCCAGUGGUUCCAUAGAUGACCCUGUCGGAAGAAGAAGUGAAAGUGGCUCCAUCACAACAAUUGAUCCUCUCUGUCGUGCUGUUGCACUCUCAAUAUAUGAAGGAUUGUUAAAAAUUAUUCCUUUCGAAAAUAACAAACAUCAAUUUAAAGAGGCUUUCAAUGUUAGAUUGGAGGAAUUGAAUGUUAUUGAUAUUGCCUUCUUAGAAAGUUUAGGAUCAAAAUCCAAAUCUGGACCUACUUUUGCUUUACUCUAUCAAGACCAUGUUGGAUCAAGACAUGUUAAAACGUAUGAAGUUAAAACUCUUGACAAGGACAUGGAAGAAUCAUCCCUCAAUCAAUUAAAUGUUGAUCAUGGAGCCAAUAUUUUAAUUCCAGUCCCUGCUCCUUUGGGUGGUGUAAUUUGUGUUGGAGAGGCUCAAGUUUCAUACAUUAACGAAUCUAAUAAGAAUCAUUCCGUGGCAUCUCCAGCCAACUCACGUAUGGCUAUCCGUUCUUAUGGAAAGUUAGAUAAUACUAGAUGGUUUUUGGGUGACCAAUCGGGUCAAUUAUAUUUAUUAAGCUUACAAGUUUCUGAUAGCGAAGUUACUGGAUUGACUCUUAAGGAGCUCGGAGUUACAUCAAUUUCAUCAUGCAUUUCUUACUUGGAUAAUGGAUACGUUUUUAUUGGAUCAAAUUAUGGAGACUCACAAGUCAUACGGAUUAGUGAUGAAUUGAACCCAGAAACCAACUCAUACUUUGAAGUUUUCCAAACCUAUUCUAAUAUUGGACCUAUUGUAGAUUUUUGUUUUGUUGAUGCCGAUAAACAAGGUCAAGGUCAAAUUGUUACAUGUUCAGGUGCCUUUAAGGAUGGUUCACUCCGAAUUAUCAAGAAUGGUAUUGGUAUUGAAGAAUUGACCACCAUUUCUGAUUUGGUUGGUUUAAAUCGUAUAUGGUCCCUUAAAACUGAAACUGGAGAAGAAAAGUACCUCGUCAUGUCUUUUACCGGACAAACUCUUAUUUCCUCAGUUGAUAACGAAGAAAUUGGAGAAGCUAAGAUUCCUGGUUUUGAUGUGGAUUCAACCACUGUAUUGUGUGAUACUGUUAUUGGAAAUAAUUACUUGCAAGUUACCGAUAAAACUGCAAGAUUAGUAAGCUCUCAUACUUUGGAAUUGAUUGAUGAAUGGAAACCGUCAAGUGGCACCAUCAGUCUUGCUGCAUCAAAUCCAACUCAAUUGGUAGUAUCCCUUGGUGAAGGAAAACUUGUAUAUAUUGAAAUUUCUGCUCAAUCAUUGAAACAAAUUCAACAAACUAAAUUGGAUUAUGAAGUUUCUUGCAUUGACAUUAGUCCUGAAGAAGGUAAAAUAUCAUCUACUGUUUGUGCAGUUGGUAUGUGGACAGAAAUUUCUGUCAGAGUAUUGACACUUCCAUCUUUUGACAUUCUCACUGUUCAAGAAUUGGGAGGAGAAAUUUUACCGAGAUCCAUUUUAAUGCCAACCUUUGAAGGUAUUAAUUAUUUAAUGUGUGGCCUUGGUGAUGGUCAUUUGUUCACUUUCAAAAUGGAUAGAGGUAUGGGCAUUUUGACUGAUAAGAAGAGAAUUGUUGCUGGAAGUAAGCCAAUCAUGUUGAGACCAUUUAUUUCCAAGGACAGACAAUUGAACGUAUUUGCUGCCUCUGAGAGACCAACCAUUAUUUACAGCAGAAAUCAAAAACUUGUAUAUUCUAAUGUUAAUUUGGGAGAAGUUAAUGAUAUGUGUUCAUUCAAUCACGAAAGUUUCCCAUUCCACAUUGCCAUUGCUAAUGAAAAUUCCAUCCUCAUUGGUCAAAUUGAUGAAAUUCAAAAACUUCACAUUAAGACUGUCCAAUUACACGCUCAACCAACUAAGAUUUGCCAUCAACCUUCAACCAAGGCUUAUGGUCUUUUAAUUACUCAGUUCGAAAACCCAGAAACUAGUGCCAUCUUCUCCUUGGAUGAAAACAACUUUGAGAAAAAGUCAGAAAUCCGUCUUGAAGGUAAUGAAUUAGGUCAAUCCAUUAUUUCAUGCAAGUUCACAGAUGACGAUAAUGAAUAUUUUAUUGUUGGUACAGCAAUUACUGAAGGUGAUGAAGAGGAACCAUCAAAGGGAAGAAUUCUCGUUCUUCAAGUUCAAGAUGACAAACUCGUACUAAAGGCUGAAAAAGAUGUUAAGGGAGCUGUCAUGGUUCUCCACUCAUUCAAUGGAAAAUUAUUGGCUGGUGUCUCUGGUAGACUUAUGCUCUUCAAAUGGGCUGAAUCUGAUGAUGGUGAUAAUAAGGAUCUCGUCCAAGAAUGUUCAUGUAGUGGAGGUAUCUAUAUUCUUGAUAUUGAUAGUCAUGGAGACUUUAUUCUUAUUGGUGACAUGAUGAAAUCUGUACAUUUAUUCGUUUAUGAAAAUCCAGAAGAACAACAUGUCUCUGGUAAUCUCAGACUCAUUUCUAAGGAUUAUCAAUACUCUUGGUUAAGUUGUUCCCUCAUGCUCAAUGAGAGUGAAUAUGUUGCUGUUGAUCAACAAGGAAAUAUGAUUACACUUAAAAAGAAUGAUGAGGCUGCCUCUGAAGAAGAAAGAAAACAACUUGUUCGUGUCGGCAAGUAUUACUGCUCUGAUCGUGUAAAUAGAAUUCAACCUGGAUUUAUUGGAAUGAGAUUUGCCAAUUCAUCCUCUGACAUUAAUACUCAACCUGUAAAGACUGCUCUCUUUGGUACCAUUAGUGGUGGUAUUGGUGUUUUGGCUCAAUUACCUCCAGAGACUUUUGCAUUUGUGACAAAGAUUCAAAAGGCUAUGAGUAGUGUUGUGACUGGUCUGGCCAAUAUUUCUCGUGAAACCUAUCGUCAAUACAGAUCGGAGAGAACUAGAGAAGACUCGGUUGGUUUUAUUGAUGGUGACUUUGUGGAAUCCUUCUUGGAAUUUGAUUUUGAAACUCAACAACGAGUCAUUGAAGAAUUGUCGAAUAAUCAUCAAGAACAAAUCACUUUGGAAGAACUUGUUAAGAAUAUUGAAGAUUUGUCUCACUUGAUCCACUAAGAUAAUCCUAAAGUCUUUCCUCAACAUAGAACCAAAUAAAUAUUAUUAAAUU